CGUUCAGGACGUCACGUGACGCGAGGUCGACUUCACUCCCACAUCUCUCCAGAGUCAAACCGCUUUGCUUUUCUGAUCCGUCAUGGCGACAGACAUCAUGCUGUACUGGGGCUCGGACUCUCCGCCCUGCUGGCGCGUGAUGAUCGCGCUCGAGGAGAAACAGCUGCACGGGUACAACAACAAACUGCUGUCGUUCGACAAACAAGAGCAUAAAUGUGCAGAAGUCAUGAAGCUCAAUCCCAGAGGACAGCUUCCAACUAUGAAGCACGGAGACACAAUCGUGAACGAGUCUUUUGCCGCGUGCAUGUAUCUGGAGAGUAAGUUUAAAUCUCAAGGCACUCGUCUGAUCCCAGAUGACCCGACCGAACAGGCUUUGGUUUAUCAGCGGAUGUUUGAGACCAACACCCUGCAGCAGAAAUUCUAUGAAGUGGCUUACUACGGGUGGCUCGUGCCUGAGGAAGAGAGACAUGAAUCUGCUCUCAACAGAAACAAAGAGAACUUCAUCACCGAGCUGAAACUCUGGGACGGUUACCUGGAGAAGAUGGGGAAAGGAUCUUAUCUCGCUGGCAAGAACUUCACUAUGGCCGACGUUGUUUGUUUCCCCAUCAUUGGAUUUCUGCAACGUCUGGGGUGUCCUAAAGAGAAAUGUCCCAGACUGAUGGAGUAUUUUGAGAUGGUGAAGGAUCGGCCGAGUAUUAAAGCCAGCUGGCCGCCAAAAUCUGAAGGACAAUACACCCUGAAGGACUUAUAAACAUCUACUGCAGACAUACAGUAUAGACCAUGACAAUAAUCAUUACUGUUGAAAGUGAAUUAAUCUCAUUCUAGCUGAUAUCACAGUUAGGAGAAAAUCAACAUGAAUAAACUAGUUUGUCGAUCUGUC